GUCGUAGCAUUGAAGAAUGCAAUGUCGAUACUUUGAUGAACGAUCUGCGUUAUAACCUUACUAAAAAAUACCGUGAUGCUAUUUUUAGUUCUGUGGAAGAAGCCAGGCCCAUUGCACGAGCAAUAUUGACUAGACGCCUCUUAAAUAGAUAUAAACCUAUUCCAAAAACUGACAAAACACCAGAUGAAUUUGUUGGGUGUGGGUUGAUUAGAUUUGAGCAAAUAGAAAAUACUCCAAAAGGAUACCUCACUGCACCGUACAUCUGGCUCUGGAUAUUUGUAGAAAUGUCUCAACAGUUAGGAGAUCCAAUACUUCGGGAUUGGGAGUUUGCUGAUUAUGGAGAGCAAAGAGCGCUUUUGAAUCCAGUAACAUCGUUGCAAGCCAAGUCAUGGCAAAGUUUUGAAAAAUUUGUCGCGUCAUUUCGUUGUAUAAAGUCAGCUGUGAUUGAAGAAGAUGAGCUAACAACGAUCUCAGAGGUUCACGCGGGAGCACGCUUGAAUGGUGAUAUCCAAUUUAAAAACCAUAAUCUACAACUUGAAGUUGCAAAACGUCAUACAGACACAAGGUCUAAAACUCUCACUGGAAAUGAAUGGGACGUUGAUUGCUAUAAUUCUACUGUUGAUGUCCGACAAUUCAAACAUUGUAUAAUUAAUGCCCCAGCUUCACCAUACGGAGAUUCCUUCCUUUCAUUAGAUCAGCCGGGUACCGAAAGUCUGAAUGAAAUCCACCAAUUCAAAUUGCGAAAAAAAGCAGUCAGUAAAAAGGAAUACCUAGAAGAACGUGAAAAGUCUGCAUCGGAAAUUGAUUUUUUCAUCCUCUAUACAACUGCAAAUUGUAACAUUGAAAUUCCGAAAAGAUCUGGAAUUGUAGAUAGAAAUGCCUUUACGAACUAUUUUGGACCAUUUGCUGGAAGAGCAUACAGGUCCGCUAUGACUGAUCCUUCUAUCUCUAAUAAAGUCAAGAAUAUUCAUACUGUUUCUCUUGGGAAAAUCUACAAUAUGGAUCAAAUUGGCAAAGAACGA